AAGAGAAUGGGAACCAAGCUGAUGCAUAAAUUGUUAAUAGCUCUCUGCAUGACACAUAAUCUCAAGGGUAGAAUUACAUUCUGGACGUAACUAGCCUAUGGUUUUUCCCAGUACAAACUCUUGCAAAAGAAAUUAAAAGGUUGUUAAAGGGAAGUAUACCACAUUAGCUUGGAUGUAAAGCUCUAAUGUCAAUACCCUCCUUUGAAGAACUAAGUUUGAAAGAUGAAGACUGUCUUUCACCUAUUGAGUCACAAGCCACAGACACUGAGUCUGACCAAGAAUUGGAGUCCGAUGGGAAAAAGAAAUUCAGCAAACACAUGUCUAUUGCUGAGGUGUACAUGGAGGCCUGCAAACUGGUGGGUGUGGUUCCAGUUUCCCACUUCAUUCGAAACCAUAGCUCCCCAACAAUGACACUCACCUACAAUGGCCUCGGACCGUUAGGUUGCAAAGCACUCGCUAUUGCUUUGGUGUCUGAUGUGCACAUCAGGACUCUUGAGCUGGCCUAUAAUGAUAUUCGAGCUGAGGGGGUCAAAUAUCUGGCAGAGCUGCUGAGGGCUAAUUUUACCAUCCAGCAUCUGGAUUUAUCCAACAAUCAUGUGAAAUCUGAAGGAGCUGAGCAUGUAGCUAAAAUGUUGAUGGACAGCAUUUCUUUAAAGUCCAUUAAACUUUCAGGAAAUGGAUUCGCAGAUGAUGAUGCUAAGCAUUUCACAGAAGCACUGUCAACCAAUUCCAGAAUAAAGGAUCUGGACCUGAGUCAUAAUAAGUUUUGUGGAAAAGGAGGAGAAUAUCUGGGACAGCUGCUGGCAAACAACGAAGGCGUGGAAGUUCUGGAUCUCAGCUGGAAUCACCUUAGAAUGAAAGGGGCUGUGGCUUUUUCUGCUGGUCUUAAGGUGAAUACGAUGCUGAAACAUCUCGACUUAUCGUGGAACGGUUUUGGAAAUGAGGGAGCCUUAGCCAUGGGCGAGGCCCUAAAAUUCAACAACACUCUGGUGCAUCUAAAUCUCAGCAACAACUGCAUCACCAAUGAAGGAGUCAGUAUGCUCUGCAGAGGUCUGGAUUACAAUGAAACGCUACGAGUCCUCCUGCUGGCUUAUAACGCUGUAACAGUAGAGGGAGCUCUUGCCCUGGUAAAUGUGGUGAAGAACACACCAAAAACGGCUCUGGAGCAGAUCAACAUAUGUAAUGUUCUGGUGAAUGAGAACUUUGUGAAUCUUUUGGAACUGACGUGUCAGGAGCAUCCUGGUUUGGAUGUGCAGUAUGAAGGGGUCGGAGGUUUUGUAGCUCAAAAACCACCCAAACGCAUUGAUCCAAUGAAAGUCAUUCAGGAUUAUCUUGAUAAACGUAAACUGCGUUUAUGGGACUUCUUUCGGAAUAUUGACAAAGAUGGCACCAUGCGAGUACCUGUCACUGACUUCAGGAAAGCAGUUCAGCAAUCAAGCAUUCCUUUGAGUCGAUUUCAGAUCGAGGAGCUGAUUCACAGACUUGAUCGGGGCCGAACGGGAAUGGUAGAUUACAGGGGACUGGCAGAUACAAGAAAACAGAUGGUGAGAGAUCACCGUCGUCAGCUGAAGAAGGUGGAGUCCCGCCAGAAGAAAGAAAAGCAGAAGAGUGACCGUAUACUGAAGACCUUCCAGACGGCAGUGGAAGCUGUCACACCACACAGCUCCAUGAUCUUCUCCCCAGGAGGCGCCAAGGAAGAUUCAGGUGGCCCCCAGCCCUUUUCUGCUACCCCUCUCAGUUCCUGGCACCACAUCGUCAUGUCAAACAGCAGUCGCUACUCUGUCACUAAUAUGAGCGGCGACCAUGUUCAUCUGCCCAUGUUGGGAGGAACCUCCCCUUACCGUCCCACCAGUUCUCCAGCGAUGCGGUCCUACUCUCAGCCCAACCUCCUGGUUGCCUCCUCCAACUCUCCAACAAGCAAAUCCAUCUCUGCUCAGGGCGUUCGCUCCGAUCUAGAGACGGAUUACAGCAAGCUAAGUCCUACUGGCAACAGCCUGACCAGGUCCAGGCCUGCUCUAAACACACAGCAGCUAGAGAGUAAGGCAAAAACUAAGAAAUUAAAGAAACAAAAAGUGAAGAAGCACGGUGUCAAAGACUCACAGAAUCCAACAAAAAGCAUCAAGUAACACUGGCUGUGUAAUAAUAAAAAUCUUUUACUAAAGCUAGAAAAAUUUGCAUUAUACAAUGCAGUGUGAAUGCUGUAAGCUAAAUAAUUUUUAUGAAAAUUGCAGAUGCAUAAGAAGUCAGGAUAGCAGAAAUGCGAGAAAUAGGCAGAAGCAGAAGAAUGAAGCAAAAGCCUGCAAAAUGUAAAUAGAAAUACUGAAGGAGUGAAAACUUUCAGUGAAUGCAAAAAUCCCAGUAUUAGAAAUUUGUUCAGAAUACUCUUUACAAAGUUAAUUGUAAGGUCACAACAGUUUAUAGGCUACAAUAAGCUAAAAGGCUGAAGCUAGCUGAAAUACAAAUGAUAGCCUCUAGGACUAGCAUCUUGACCUUCAGCAUUCACACUAAAUAUGAAGUCUUACUGAAUUUCUUUGAUAGUCUGCUUUACUCUGUGAAAAGUAUUUCCCUGUUACAAAUUUAGUCAGUUUGGGAUUUCUGUCAUAGUUAAAUGUAUCAGGUUAUAUAAAAAUGUUGAUUUCAGGCAAAGACAACCAUAAGUAUAUACAGAAUGGAGUUUUAAAAUAGUCUUAAAAUACAGCCAUAUACAUAGCAUUUUCUUAAUCUAUUGCUCUAUAAAUAUCUUAUGUCUUCUAAUAUUUUCAUGUCUUGAAUUACUUUUGUUGAUUUAAUUGUGUUUUCUUUCUUGGUUUUUUGAGUUCAACUAGUAUUUGAGUUUUAAAUUGGAAUC